AUGGAAGAAGAGAACGAAAGCCCUAAAUCUAUCAAUGGCGUUAACAAAAGCGUUAAUGAAAAUAGUGCGGAUGAAAUUGACGAUCUAUUUGGAGGUGUGGGUAGUGACGAAGAACGAGAACGAGUAGGUUCGGUAGAUAUAACUCCAAUUGCUUCACCCAUUAAUUCAGAAGAAGAAGAGCAGGAAGAACAAGAAGAGCAGGAAGAGCGAGAAGAACGGGAAGAGCGGGAAGAGCGACGACUAAACUUUGAGUCUGAAGCAAUGUCGAAUGUAUUUCGCUUACCAUUAAAAAGUUGGAAUAAUAAGUACAUUGUCGCAAAAGUACCAAACUUUUUUCACUAUACGACUGCCGCUUUUCGACCAGAAACUUAUAGCCAAGCAGAUGAUCAGACAGUAGAAGAUGCGAUAAAGUUAGGUGCACAAGAUGGACUGCGUUGGCGGUACAAGAAGGAUCCAAAUACAGGUAUAGAGACUAAUGAAAAAGAAUCAAAUGCCAGGAUAAUAAAGUGGAGUGAUGGGUCAAAGACCCUACUUAUUGGAAAGGAACAAUUUGAAAUAUCUAGUGAAUCUUUAGAAUCACAACACCAAUUUCUCACGGUUCCUCAUCGAGGAUCAAAUACGCUUGAGCUUCAUGAAAAGCUCAAUGAGCAUAUUACCUUUUGCCCUAUUACAGGCAGUAUUACUCAUAAGAAAUUAACCGUAGCCAUUCAAUCUAGGCACGCCAAACAAGUAAAAACUCAGUUUGUUGAUAUGAACAAAGAUCCAAAAUUGAUUCGGCUCCAAAUAGAGGCUGAAAGAGAUAAAAAACAUAAUGUGCAAAAACGCAUUGCAAAUGCGAAUCGCGUUCCCAAGGGACGUAGAAAACAUGAUGAUGAUUCUGAUGCAGAAGAAAGAAAUCCUGCAUUCAGCGCUAGUAAACCGCGGAAUGAUUCUUACGAAGAUGAUUCGGGAUUUGUGAAGGCUGAUAGUUUUCGUAAGAGAACAACAUCCAGCGUUGCGACGUCGAAAUCCAAAAAGCAUCGCAUUUAUGAUGACGAAUCAAAUGAAGAGGAUCAAGAUGAUCCCUUUCAAAUGGAUAACGAACCAUCUUACGAGCAUCGUGAUCGUCAUGAACGAUCAAAAAAACGAGUAAAAGAGCAUCAUUAUACUGAAGAAAUACCAAAAUCUCGGAGGAAUAAUAGUUUUGAGGAGUCGGAUGGAGAGAAUCAAGGAGAAUCCCAAGACCGUGAUGAACACCCUAAGAAACGAAUAAAGGAGCAACCACGUAUUAUUGAGGAAGAUGAAGAGAUUAACGUCGUAGAUCAAAUUGCUAAUGAUGAUGAUUAA